CAACCACAGAGUUCAGACAGUAGCCUUAUUGAGGAUCUGGGGUGUGCUAGAGAAGAAUGUACGCAACAGUCUGACUCCCAUCAGCUGUGCAAGAUCUUGGAAAAAAUGAGUGCAACAGGAAAUAAAUGUGACACUGCAGAAGUUUAUUGGAACGUUGCUGCUAGGAAUGUGAAUCUUACAGCAACUCAAGAUUCAAUUUGAUUACGAUUCUCGGGGUGACGAUUCCAUUCAGGAUCAGUUCACAGUCAAUGCUUUCAGUAACAAAUAGUGUCAGCUAGAGCUUAGACUAUAAACAUGUAUAAAUGUGGGUGUGUGGGAUGAAGAAGCGGGGGCAAGAGAAUACCAUGUGUCAGUUUAAACCAAUAAACAAGUUUUAUAACAUCCAGCAGCAUGCAUUCACUUAACCAGUAAUAUUUAUCAUUGAACACAAAGACUAACGGGCAACAAAUAGUCACGUAUGCACGAUGCGGUGGGCAUGAAACAACACAAGCUAAACAGGAUAACACUCCUAGAACGCAGACAGGAUAUUAAGAAAGGUCGUGUUUCAUCAGAUUGCAACAAAUUAACACGGCUGAGGGGCGUGGCUUGGCCUGGGUCCAGUGAUGAUGCGUUCAGGGACACUCAGAAAUGCAGCAGUUUAAGUGCUUGAGAUUGAGUCAGAAGUUUUAUAAAUAAGAAUCAUGAUUCGGAUGUGAAUCGUUUUUUUGUCUCAGUACCUCAAGUUGCUACAGUGAGGGUGUGUCUUAAUGAAGGCUAAAUGUUGUCCAGAGUAACUUUAGUGUGACCAACUAUUGGAAAGACAAUUCAUGCUCUACCAAGGUGUUGACCUGCUUGCUAAAGGGUUAAUGUCACCUGAAAUCCUCAGACACAAAUGUAAAAACAGCAAAUACUGUCUGGUUCUGGUUCAAUUCCUAGGAUUAUUCUAGAUUAUGUCCAACAUUAGUUUUUUAGACUUUUUCAUUGCAGUGGCACAAAAACGCCAUCAUAAUAUGGUGGCAUCUUUUCAGUGAUGAUUUCAUAAUAUAACAUUCCAUAAUUAGUGCAGUGCAGCACAAGUGUGAAGUACAAAGAUACUGAAGAUGCAGCUGUAGUACUUUUAAUAUCCACCAUGUGUAGCUCUAAGAAAGAACACAGUCGGGUGGUGCUGUUCCAGUGACCCGGUCUGGUGUGGAUUUAAGUGUUGCUUCACAUCUUGAAGGAAUGACACAGAGUUCAUUUUAGAGACUCAGACAUAUCCAUUAGUUUAUCAUGAGAAACGGUCUGGAUUAGCAAAGCCUCAAAAUGAACUCUUCGUUUUUUUUCCAUGAAUAUUAGAAGGUGGUGUUUGACAUAAUCACAUAUGAACUCAUCUCACAGGUUUUAUUUUAGUUAAUUAUAAAACUUUUGUUUUAAACAAUAGCAUAUUUCUUCUGACUAGAAUCAGCUCAGAGUCUGAGGAGGCAUUUAAACGCAAAUCUGCUUCUAGAUAUUUUUUUCUUUAAGAUUAAUUCAGUCAAACUCACAAAAUUUCCUUUCACACCAUUUACUGUUAAUAAUGUCAGAAAGCAAAACCUUUUUUAAAUUCUGUCUAAAAUAUAUACAUGGUUUUUGCUCUCAAAAGUAAUUGUUUUCAGGUUCAGUUUUGAAAAAAGUUUUAAAUAUUGCACAACAUGUUCCUGUUAAGUCUCCACUCAUGGAGAUAUGUGCUGUUAUUUUAACUGUACUUGCAUCAUGCCUGCUAAUGAGAGGAAAAGAAGCAGCAGCAGAGAGGAGACGCUCCGGCUGCUGAAGAAGGCUAAACGGUUUUUUUAUACAGCACCCUGGAGAUUAAAAUCACGAGGUGCUUCACAAGAACUAACAUGAAAAAAUAAUGAAAUUUUUAGGUAACACUUUACAAUGAGUGUCCCUUUAUUAUUAUUAGUGCAUUUAUAAAGGAUCCCUUUAUUAACGUUACCUGGUGCAUUAUUAAUCCACAAAGUUGAUGUUACAGAUAUUAACUAUAAAGUGUCCUUAAGGUAAGGACAAAUGGCCGGGGGGGUCCGCUUAGUAAAUAUUAACAUUAAUAUUGUGCAGUUGUUAAUCCUUUAUUUAAUAGUUUAAUAUUAAUCAACAUCAGAACAAUUUAAAACAUCUAAGUAAAGAAAAGUAAUCAUAAAUUGUACCAUGUGUGGGUGCUUUAAAUAUUUUAAUAUUUUCAAUUUCAUUGUUUUCACUCUGUCAGGAUUUGAGGUUGUGGGUCAGUGUGUGUGUGGUUUUGUACUCUCACCUUGACUUGGCAGGCAGGGCCAGAUUAACACUUUGUUGUGCCCUGGGCAACAAUGUUAAAGGGCCCCAUUAUCACGACCCAAAGAUCACCAUAAUAUGGUCACAAACAGAAUAUUUUACUGUAAUAUGCAGUAAAUAUACUCAAUACUUGAAUGCCUGACAUCACGUAACCCGCUCAGGGUAACCUUUGACCCACCUCGUGGACUGACCAAUGAGGAGAGGGUCUUAACUUGAGGCCCUCUCUUCAUUGGUCAGUCUGCAUGAGACUGACUCUCAACCGCUCUCAACUGAUGUUCAAAGUCAUAGGCAACGAAGCGUCUCUGUGCAGCGCAAAAGCCCAGGUGGACAGUUUGUUGAAUAUAGGGUGACCAUAUUUUCAUUUCUAAAAAAGAGGGCAGGGGACCGUGUGCUGGAUGCAGCACCCUGGAGCCCUGCGCACCAACGAUCAGCGCUCUGCCGCUCUCGGUGCCCUCUGCUCAAAAGAACCCCCGGUUCACUGAAAGUCCAUGAAUGAUGUAAUAUAGGUAAAAAACUUUUUUCCGGCUCCCCUGGAUGUGUAGGAUAUACAGCUCCCCCAUAAUUCGAUCCCUGCUCCUGGAUGAAAAACCGGACAUUUUCAUCAAUACAAGAACCCCCCAGUCCGAACACCCCGGACAGAGAGUGAAAAGUGGACAUGUCCGGGGAAAACAGGACGUAUGGUCACCCUAGUUUAAUAUAAAGCGGGAGAUUACAGAUGCAUUACCACUGCUAGUGAGGCAACCACCAACAGCUAGCAUUUUUAAAUCACGCUUGAAAACUCACCACUUCAACCUAGCUUAUACAACAUAAUUAUGAACAUCACUUACAUCUGCAUUGUUUAAAAAUGGACUUUACAAUAUCAACUUCCGUACUAUUGAGGUUCUUUUUUAAAAUGUUUUUCUAAUUUUUUAUUCUCCCUGUGUCUUACUGAUUUUUAGCUGUUAGUUUUUGAGAAUUUUGUUGUAUUUCCUUUUUAUCUUUUAUCUGUGUUCGACAUGUUUGUAUAUCGCCGGUUUAAUUAACUAACAUUUUUAGUGUACAGCGCCUUGUUUGGUUGUAAUGCCUUGUGAAUGCGCUUUAUAAAUAAAAUUGGAUUGGAUUGGAUACAGUAUUUUGCUCGUGCCCUUGCUGCCCUGGGCCCUUUAGAGUUUGUGGGCCCUGGGCAAUUGCCCAGUUGCCCAUAUGGUUAAUCUGGCCUUGUUGGCAGGUAUCCACUGAAGGGCAUUAUAGAGACGCUCCUCCACAGUGGGGGAUUACUGCAGGGUUGUCUCCACACACACAUGCAACUCAUCCACCUCAUAAUGGAGGGGAGGAUAAAAGGACCUGGCCAGUGCAUUUAUAAGCAUUAAUAAACAAAGGAUCCCUCAAUGCCAGAGUGCUGAUCUAUAUGGUAAUGCAGCCUUGAAUCCUGUGCUUCAUGCUGGAACCUCUCUAUGUCCACAUUCUCAUUCAGCCUGCUCUUCAGCUCUUCCAUGACUGGUUCCCCCCAACUCUCAGAUAUCCUCCCGUCACCACCCUACCGCCUGCCAACAACCCUCAUUCAAUCACCUGCUGAUCAUUGCUUUCCUUCGUCAUCCUCCGUUCUGUGCGUCUCCCACUCUGCCCCCCAGAGCCUCACCAUGAGACUCGUACUAAGUGUACCUCUCCCAUUAUUCCUGUUUCUCUUCAAGAAAGACCCAUUACUCACCUCCAAGUCAUUGCAGAGCCCUCUGGAUCUCUACCAUGCCUGCCCGCAGCUUUGGCCUCUCCAUCUCUUCUCAUCUGUAAGCCACUCUCCUGAUUCAGCAACACUCUAUCAGCCAUCAUCACCUUUUUCCUUCCUUCCAGUGGUUCAGCUCCUGGUUCCCGAUCUCCAAUUACCACCAGAUCAUCCUUAAUAUCUGUCAUUAGAACUUCUCUUGUCUCCUGAGAGCGUAAAUGCAUAUGGACCAAAAGGUUUCCUAAAAUCAAGACACACUCGUUAAAGGAAGGAAAGUAUAAUUAUUUGGCUGUGGUUAUAGUCUAUGGUCACACACACACACACCUAUAACACUUGGUUGGCCCUGUGAAAAUAAGCAAAUCAACUUACCUUCUUACAGAACAUCUUGUCCUCGUUUAAAGUUAUUACUUUUCUCUUCCAUCCAUCCAUUUUCAUCCUCUUAUCUGGAAUCGGGUCGCGGGGGCAGUAGCCUAAGGCGAGAGGCCCAGACUUCCCUCUCCCCAGCCUCUUGGGCCAGCUCCUCCGGGGGAAUCCCAAGGCGUUCCCUGGCCAGGUGAGAGACGUAGUCCCUCCACCGUGUCCAGGGUCUACCUUUAGGUCUCCUCCCGGUUGGACGUGCCCGGAAAACCUCACCAGGGAGGCGUCCAGGAGGCAUCCUGACCAGAUGCUCGAGCCACCUCAUCUGGCUCCUCUCGAUGUGGAGGAGCAGCAGGUCUACUCCGAGCCCCUCCCGAAUGACUGAGCUUCUCACCCUGUAUCUAAGGGAGAGCCCAGCCACUCUUCGGAGAAAACUCAUUUCGGCCGCUUGUAUCCGCAAUCUCGUUCUUUCGGUCACGACCCAAAGCUCAUGACCAUAGGUGAGGAUAGGAACGUAGAUCGACCGGUAAAUCGAGAGCUUCGCCUUCUGACUCAGCUCUCUCUUCACCACAACAGACUGGUAUAACGCCCGCAUCACUGCAGAUGCAACACCAAUCCGCCUAUCGAUCUCACGCUCCAGUUUUCCCUCAGUCGUGAACAAGGCCCCGAGAUACUUAAACUCCUCCACUUGGGGCAGGACCUCAUCCCUGACCCAGAUAAGGCAUUCUAUAGCUGCUUCCCACUUGGCUGCAAAGCACUCCAGCAAAAGCUGAAGAUCAUGUUCUGAUGAAGCCAACAGAACCACAUCAUCUGCAAAAAGCAGAGACCUGAUCCUCAGGCCACCAAAACGGAUGCCCUCCACACCUUGGCUGUGCCAGACCGGGCUACAUGGGUGAAAGCCCGGCCACCAGGCGCUCACCAAUGUGCCUCACGUCCAGGCCUGGCUCCAGAGGGGGGCCCCGGUGACCCACGUCCGGGCGAGGGAACACGGUUUCCAUUUAUAUAAUUCAUCAGAAGAGGUCUUCGGGCUGCUCUUUGUCUGAUCCUUCACCUAGGACCUGUUUGCCAUGGGUGACCCUACCAGAGGCAGAAAGCCUCAGACAACUUAGCUCCUAGGAUCAUUGAGACACUCAAACCCCUCCACCACGGUAAGGUGGCAGCCCAGGGAGAGGUACUUUUCUCUUAUCAAAGACUAAUCAUUUGCCUUUCUGACGGCACUUCAAUUCCCUGUAUAAAGAUUGCUUUGUCAAGUUAAAAAUCCACAGAAAAUAUUUACAUAUUAUAGAUUAAUUUCUGUUAGGCAUCAACAUGACUUGUGUAAAAAUUCACACCCAAAAAAAACACACACAGCUUUGUGAUUUCUUUUAAUUUCUGGUGUGAUGAUGGGAUUUAUGCUAGACUCGAGGUCCAGAAUCUUUGAUUCUGCCAUUAAAAAAAAGGGAAAGGAAUGCAUUCUUCUAUUAAUUUCAUGUAGUAAGCGAGUAAGUUUUAUUUAUACAUAACUCAUCACAGACAUAGAAUCACCAAGUGCUUCAGAUGUUAUUCUCCACCUGUAAACUGCUUCUUUAUCAUUCAUUCCUAAACCACAUUUAAUUGUUUGUUAAGUCUGAAGAGAUUAUUUUGAUCUUGAAGCAAUUUUAUUUAGCAUUUUUUAGUUUAAAAAAGCCACAGAGAUAAGAUAAGACGUGUUUAAAACCCUGCAGCUCAUUUCUUAAGACGUCAGAACUUGUGGAAUUUCCAAAGGCACAGUCCAUAUAUGGGUAUGUAGGUGGAGUCAGAAGUAGUAACCGGAGUGAAUGGGUGGAGAAAGAGAAGAGAGAACAUAUAAAGUCGUCUGUGAGGAAAGAACAGAUAAACUCGGACACUGACUCACAUCAGAACACACUAUGCUGCUGCAACCUCUCUGGACCUUCAUCCUGGGACACUCAUCCCUCCUGGGCUCACCUUUCUUCCCUGUCAUCUUCUCCCUUUCAGUGUACCUGUCCUUCUGUCUUCCUUUCCUGCUGCUGGAUCUGCUGUCCUCCAGGUGGGCUCUGAUACGCAGGUACAAGCUUCAACCUCAGAGCUCUGUCAGCUGGACCUCGGUGUGGCGCUGUCUGGUCCUGACGCUCUACAACCACCUGAUCUUCAUCUUCCCGCUCACUGUGCUGAACUGGUACCUGCGGCCGGUGCAGCUGCCCGAGCAGGCUCCCCCUCUGGCCCGUCUCCUGGCUCAGGUGUUGGUCUGCCUGCUGCUGUUUGACUUCCAGAGCUUCACCUGGCACCUGCUGCACCACAAGAUUCCCUGGCUCUACCGCAACUUCCACAAGCUCCACCACUCCAACACCUCCACCUCGGCCCUCACCACAGAGUACUCGGGGGCCUGGGAGACCCUCAGCCUGGGCCUUUUUGCUGCCACCAACCCCUUCCUGUUGGGCUGUCAUCCCCUUACUGAGAUGGCCUUUUUUGUGCUCAACAUCUGGCUAUCGGUGGAAGACCACUGUGGCUACGACCUGCCCUGGGCCACGCACCGCCUGGUACCUCUGAGUCUGUAUGGUGGUGCCCGCCACCACGACCUGCACCACCUCAAGUCCAUGUACAACUACGCCCCUCACUUCACCCACUGGGACCGGCUGGCUGGGACGUUGUGCACGCAGGACUGAGCUGCAGCUGUGGAAUGACGGAUGGUUCUCAAACGCACCUCAGACUGAGCUUGUGAACGCUCACCUGAAAGGACUGAUGGGAAAUGAGCCGAUGGAGAUGUUUACAGACUGAUCAGAGGCUCCACACGAAAUCUGACCUUUGACCGCAUCAGACUGACAGAAAGUCAGGUCCUGCACUUUAAAGACACAAACAUGUUUUUAUUUAUUUAUCAACGUAUUUAUUGCCUACGCAGAUUUUUGAGCAGGACACAAAACCUUCAGACAACUGCGAACUUCAUAAUCAUGUGGUGUUAAUAUUCAUAAACAUCAGAUUUCAGACUGGAUAAAAUUCACUUUUGAGGUUUGAAAAUUAGAAAUUGUUCAUAUUGAACAGCACUCCUCAUGUUGUGUACAUAUUGUUUACAUUUCAGUGUAAGCGAAGGCCGAUGUUUACUGAGGGCGAGCAGAAGACCGUGAUCAGGGAAGAAGCGGAGGUGUUAGAGUUCAUUUGGUGAAGAAGACUCAGAAAGACGAGGAAGGUUUUCUGUUGUAUAGAAAUCAGAGUUUGAAGGAAAUUUGACUGAACGUGUUAGAAGAAUUUUAUAAACUGUGAAAUUUUGUGCACUGAUGAAAAUUUAAAUGAAGCCUUUAUAAAUGAAGUGAAUCAG